UUGGUUGAGACGGUUUCACAAUAACUUUCAAAAUGGCGCGUGUGAUGUUUUGAUCCGCAUCACUGUCUGAGUAUCUGCCUUACCCAACUGCUAUAGGUAAGUAGUAUUCUGUCACAGGAGAUCUAAGUUUUAUGCCAAGUGGUGAAGACUGAAAAGAAAAGAGAUAACAGUUUUAUCUAGUUAGCUGUGAUCACAUGAUCUUAGCUUGUGUUAGACUUUUAUGCACACUAAAAGUUCAUACAUCAUACAUUCAUAAUAAUGCCCUGAAUUGUGUACCUUUUCUUGCUUUAACAACUACUAAUAUUGCUUUGAGGUUUUCCUUCCUGUUAACUUAGCCAAGGAUCCGGAGUAAUAAACAUGUUCGAUGUAUCUAGGAUGGUGCAUGAAAAUUUUAGCUGACAAGUUUCUCUUCAUAUAAACAGGGAGCUAAAGGGGGAUAUGAUUCUGCUGUUGUUUACCUUUUUCUGAUAAUAACUAAGUCUCAAGAUGGCUGAAAAUGGUACUGCUUGUCCAAAGCCGAUGCAGGCAACCUCUACUGGAGUCUUCCAAGGAGAGAACCCUCUUGACUAUGCCCUUCCACUUGUUAUUGUACAGAUUAUCCUUGUUAUCGUCCUCACUCGUACCUUAGCCUACUUGCUUAGACCUCUGAGACAGCCUCGUGUCAUCGCUGAGAUUAUUGGAGGAGUGCUACUAGGUCCAUCUGCUUUUGGUCGCAGUAAGGCGUUCCUGCAUACAAUAUUCCCUCCGAAGAGUUUACCAGUAUUAGACACACUUGCCAACCUCGGCCUCAUCUUCUUUCUGUUCCUCGUAGGCCUAGAAUUGGAUCCAAAAGCAUUACGCCGGACAGGAAAGAAAGCCAUGAGUAUUGCUCUAGCAGGCAUCUGUUUGCCCUUUGCAAUGGGAACUGGUACGUCGUUUGUUCUCAGGGCAACCAUUUCAAAAGGAGUUAGCCAAGGUCCUUUUAUUGUCUUCAUGGGGGUCGCGAUGUCUAUCACAGCCCUUCCGGUCCUAGCCCGUAUCUUAGCGGAGUUCAAGCUCCUUACCACUGAUAUGGGUCGCACGGCCAUGUCAGCUGCUGCAGUCAAUGAUGUGGCAGCCUGGAUCCUCCUUGCUCUAGCCAUCUCUCUCUCUGGUACCGGAAAAUCUCCUCUUAUUUCCGUGUGGGUAUUUUUGUGUGGAGCGGCUUUUGUUGGUUUGUGUAUUCUUAUAGUCCCUCGAGUCUUCAAAUGGAUGAUGCGGCGUUGCCCUGAUGGCGAGCCUGUGAAUGAAAUUUUCAUUUGUGGUACCUUAGCUGCAGUUUUGGCAGCUGGGUUUGUGACCGAUACUAUAGGAAUCCAUGCACUUUUCGGGGCUUUUAUUCUUGGAACUCUAGCCCCAAAGGAUGGGCCAUUAAUCAGUGCCCUGGUAGAAAAGGUGGAAGAUCUUGUUUCUGGCCUCCUCCUCCCUUUGUACUUUGCUUCGAGUGGCCUGAAAACAAAUGUAGCCACCAUUCAAGGGGCUCAGUCAUGGGGACUUCUACUACUUGUUAUACUAACUGCCUGUUUUGGCAAGGUGGUUGGGACUGUUGUGGUUUCCCGCCUCUGUAAAAUGCCGCUCAAUGAGGCUGUUGCCCUUGGGGUUCUAAUGAACAGCAAAGGUUUGGUGGAGUUGAUUGUCCUCAACAUUGGUAAAGAUCGGAAGGUCCUAAAUGAUCAAACGUUUUCAAUUAUGGUUAUGAUGGCUCUAGUUACAACAUUCAUGACAACACCAAUCUUGAGGGCGAUAUAUAAACCAGCUAAGAGAGGAAGCGUAUAUACACUAAGGACUGUCCAAAGAAAUGAUCCCAACUCUCAACUCCGAAUCAUGGCAUGCUUCCAUAGUGGAAGGAACAUCCCAACAAUAAUCAACUUAAUUGAGGCUUCCCGGGGAACAGAAAAAAGGCAAGGGCUCACAGUCUACGCAAUGCAUCUCAUGGAGCUCUCUGAGAGAUGUUCUGCUAUACGGAUGGUUCAUAAAGCCCGAAACAAUGGGCUUCCGUUCUGGAAUGAGCGGAACCAGACAGAUUCAGACCAAAUUGUGGUGGCCUUUGAGGCGUAUGGGCAACUCAGUCAUGUCCAAAUCAGGCCCAUGACGGCAAUCUCCCACUUCUCUGACAUGCAUGAAGACAUAUGUGCUAGUGCUGAGAGCAAGAAAGCUUCCCUCGUGAUCCUUCCUUUCCACAAGCACCAAAAGGUGGACGGGUCGUUGGAAACCACAAGACAUGAAUAUAGAGUAAUUAACAAGAAGGUCCUUCAACAUGAUCCUUGCUCAGUUGGUAUCCUAGUAGACCGUGGGUUUGGCGGGUCUUCGCAUGUGUCAGCCAGCAAUGUCGACUCUACCAUAACUGUUUAUUUCUUUGGUGGCCCUGAUGAUCGUGAGGCAUUGGCCCUUGGUCAACGGAUGUCUGAGCAUCCGGGAAUUACCCUUAUAUUGGUCCAUUUCAGAGCGGAUCCCAACUUGGAAGGAGUCGAAAUGGUGGCUAUUGAUGAGGGUGAUAAGGGCAGUAGCAACGGAGACUCAAAUACAGCUGAUGAGGAGGCCAUUAAUGCUAUAAAGCAAAAACUGACCAGGGACGGGUCAAUCAAAUAUGAGGAAAGAGCAGUGAACGCAACAUCUGAUACUGUAGAUAUCGUUAAGGAAUUCAGCCGUUGUAAUAUGGUCUUGGUGGGAAGAUCACCAGAAGGUACGGUGGCUGCUACUUUCAGUCUUAAUGUAAAGACUGAAUUUCCUGAAUUAGGUCCAGUUGGGGGGUUCUUGAUCUCUGAGGAGGUCUCAACGAAUACUUCUGUUUUAGUGAUUCAUCAGUACAGCAGUGGUUCAAGGCCACUGUCCCUAGAAGAGGAAGAACCAACUGAUGGGACUGAAAAUGAUUAAUUGAAUUUAGUAGAAUAAUGUCCUUAGAAGCUUAUUUCUUCUGCUCGAUGGUUUUCCUUAUAAUACAGACAAGUAGAUAUAUGUGGAUAAGUUAUAAUCUCGACCAGAGGAUUUCUUUUUUUUUUUAAGAGCAUUCACGUGAUUGUUAGUCUCCCGUCAUAAAAAAAAUGUGAUUGUUAGUCUUCCUUCAAAGUUGUUGGAUUGACUUCUAUUCUGUCCAACUAUUAGAUAGGUCACUGAGCUGAAGUGAAGCUUGUGCCGUAAACAAAUUAUAGAAGUAUAUACGUUGAAACAAUGAAAAGAUUUUAGCA